AUGAACGAUGAUGGAGAUAUUUGGUUAAGAUGUGGUCACAGGGGCAGCUGCGAAUUGCUCAUUCCUUUGGGUAAUACGAUAGUAUCGAUUUCAGCAAGCACGGAUUUGGAUUUAGAAGAGUUACAUAAAACAGUUGUUAAAAUAAGUUUGAGAUGUUUUUAUCCAUUUCGCAAUCUUUGUAUAGAUGAAAGCUUAAUGUUAUUUAACGGCCGGUUAUCACUUAAACAAUUCAUUCCUGCUAAGCGAAACAGAUUCGGCAUAAAGUCUUUUGUAUUAUGCGACUGCUUGUCAGGCCACAUUUUAAAUUUUAUUGUAUAUACAGGAAAAACUACAGAUUCCAAUGGGCAGUCCAAUGACAAUUUAGGAAAAUCAGAAAGUAUCGUUAUGACAGACUUAGAAUCAUAUCUUGAACAAGGCCAUACCGUAUUUGUCGAUAAUUAUGUUGAAUGUAUUCGUAAAAGUUUAAAAUGGUACAAAAAUAUUUUUCACGUGAUAGACAUGGUUGUGUGGAAUGCAUAUUAUUUAUUCCAAUCAGUAACUGCGACAAAAUUAUCGUUUGCCAAAUUUCAUUUAACUCUUAUACGACAAUUAUUGCAAAUAUACGGGAAACAAAAAUCAGGUAUGAAAUGUUCAGUUGCACGAAAUAAUAAUAAUCCGGAAAGAGUUACUGAAAGGCAUUUUCCGUCUUUAUAUUCGAAUGAGGCGUCAAAAAAAAAUUCAGUUCGAAAAUGCGUCGUCUGCAGUAAACGAGGAAAAAGACGUGAGUCGAGAUACUAUUGUUCACAAUGUAAUGUUGGAUUAUGUGUGGUUCCAUGUUUUAAAAUUUACCAUAUCAAAGUCGAUUAUUAAUAUUAUGUUCGGUUUUAAAUACUUUAGUAAUUUCGUUGUAUUAAAAAAUAUUAUAUGAACAUUAUAAUAAAACAUUAAAAAAAAAUAAAUUUUGAUUAUACAUUUUUAUAUUUUAGAAAGUAAGAUGAUAUUACUGAAUGUAAUAAAUGUCAUUGUAAAAUUUAGAGAACAAGAAACGACUUCUAAUUACUUCGUAGCGUACUUCAGUGUCAACUACUCAGUAAUGCGAUCCGUUCACAGCGAUCACAUUCUGGCGCAAGCGCUCCGUAGC